CUGUGUUUACAUCCUCUCAGCUGUUUCUGGCGUUUAAGAGACACUGAACUAAACCCAACUCUUAAAAAAAACAAAAAACAAAAAAACAAAACAAAAAAUAGAUUCUGCAUGUAUUCCAAUUAAAUCUAUCUGUAGAUUCUCCAGAUCGCGCUGUAAGGUUUUAUAGCGCUUGGCUGCUGACUGCAAGAAAUACAGAUAGGAUUCUACUGGUUGUUCUGCUCUGAUUCACAGCAUACAGCAUACGUGGCCUUAGUGACCCCUAUGCUCCCUUGCUGCCUGUUGCACUGAAAGAUAAGCAGAAGACCAGUUGUUGAGAGUUUGUGUCUGGGAUCUCUGCUUAGCUAGCCAUGGGAGGAGCUGUGAGUGCUGGAGAGGAUAACGAUGAAUUAAUCGACAAUCUAAAGGAGGCUCAAUACAUUCGCACUGAGAGGGUGGAGCAAGCCUUUCGAGCCAUUGACCGGGGAGAGUACUAUUUGGAGGGAUACAGGGACAAUGCCUACAAAGACUUAGCCUGGAAGCAUGGCAACAUUCAUUUGUCAGCACCAUGCAUUUACUCUGAAGUGAUGGAGGCACUGAAACUACAACAGGGAUUGUCCUUUCUGAACCUUGGAAGUGGAACUGGCUACUUGAGUACAAUGGUGGGCUUAAUCAUAGGUCCAUUUGGAGUUAACCAUGGAGUUGAGCUUCAUACAGAUGUUGUAGAAUACGCCAGGGAAAAACUAGAUGAUUUUAUCAAAGAUGGUGAUAGCUUUGAUAAGUUUGAGUUUUGCGAGCCCAGCUUUGUUGUUGGUAAUUGCUUGGAGAUUUCUUCAGACUGUCAUCAGUAUGACCGAAUCUACUGUGGUGCUGGAGUUCAGAAGGAUCAUGAGAACUACAUGAAAAUACUGCUGAAAGUAGGGGGAAUCCUUGUAAUGCCCAUAGAGGAUCAGCUGACCCAGAUAAUGAGGACAGGACAGAGCACAUGGGAAAGCAAAAAUAUCCUUGCUGUGUCAUUUGCACCUCUUAUUCAGCCAAACAAAACAGACAGAAGCAAAGCAGAUACUGUGAAUCUGCCCCCCAUAUCUGUCAGAAGCUUACAGGACUUGGCCCGCAUCUACAUUCGGCGCACACUUAGAAACGUAAUCAAUGAUGAAACCCAGGCCAAAGGCGCUCCCCAGCGAGCACCUCAGAAGCGCAAACGGAGGAGGUGUCGACGACGUAGAAUCAACAGCUAUGUGUUUGUAGGAAAUCAGCUAAUCCCCCAGCCUGUUGAUAGUGAGGAAGAUGAACGAAUGGAGGAGGAUAGUAAAGAAGAGGAAGAAAAAGAGAGCAAUGAGAGCGUCAAGCAAGAGGAACCACCACAGAAUCUGCUCAGAGAAAAAAUAAUGUCUUUGCCUUUACCAGAAUCGUUAAAAGCAUACUUGACGUAUUAUAGGGACAAAUAACUCACCUUCUGAAACAUUUCUCUUAUUUUUAAAUGUAGCUUUUUUGGGGGGGUGUAUCCAGUUGGUCUUUAAGUAGAUAAGAGUGCAAUGGUAAAGGCAAUCACAGUUUUCUGAACAGAAUUUCUAACCUAUAGAUUUUAAUCUAUUCUGAAAAAUCCAAGAAACAACUACUUCUGCUUCUUUCCUACUUGCUUAUAACAAAAUACUGUUCUUGUGGACGUAGGAUUCGUCCUAUACAAAAAACAAAACAAAAAACCAACAGCAUUUCUAAUACUACUAAAUAUAUAGUUUAAACAAAGUUUGAGGCAUAGUUAUGUUGUUCAAAUAAUUUAUUGUGAUGGUCAUCAAAAGACUUGUUGCACUGAACAAGACUGCAAUUUCCCCAAAGUGUGCUUAUUUGAAAAUAAGUUUGAAAAUGAUUUACUAUUAUGAAUUAAGUAAACAUUCUAAAAUAAUUACAUUAUGAUUGAAAUUAAACAAUGUUUGCCUUUGUAAAAAUAAUACAUGGGGGCUUGCAUUGAGCAAAUGCACUUUAUUUAGUUUGACUUAGAGUAUGUAUUGGGGUUCCGAAAAAAUGUAGUGUUAUGCUUCCCCAGGUGUUGCUACAACUAAAUAACGUUAAAUAAUGUAUCUGUAAUUGGUCUUUUCGUUGUUAACAUCCUGACAAGUUUUUACACUGUCUGUCUCAAAGGUCUUUUUAAAGGUGUCUGCUCUGGUGCACUUGGGUUUGAAAUCAGAGGUGUUUUCCUCUAUCUGAUCACUGCCAGGAGGCAUAAUUUAGUUUCCCUAACUAUUGCUGAAGAGACACACCCCAAUGAAGUCAGGGGAAUGACAAGGGUGUGGUUUCAACUGAGAGACUGCUGUGAUUGGAUACAAACUGAAAGGCUGUGAGGCUGCAGUGACUGGGUGUGGAGUUUUUGUAGCAUGGAAGGAGAGAGGACGGGGUAGAAAGAGUAGACGGGGAGAAUAUAAAUUGCCAUUUUUAGAACCCAGAAAUCUUUUUAUGUUCGGUAGUGUUGCGAAUGACCCCGUCGCGAUGUAGAAAAUUCACCCGAAACCAAUCUGAAGAUCAUGAUCUGCUUUUUUACUUUUGAAAUGCGAAUAAAUUGGAUGGUUUGAUAACACCGUGUAACAAUUUUUUAUUUUUUUUUUGUUC